CCGCUCCCGCCGGGCUGGGAGGAGAAGCGCGACCCCACCGGCAAGAGCUACUUUGUGGACCACAACACGCACACGACGUCCUGGACGCGGCCCGCCGCCGCCGCGCCGCCGCAGCCGCCGGCGCGCCCCGCCUACGCGCAGCCCGUGCAAGCGGCGCCGCUGCCGCCCGGCUGGGAGGAGAAGCGCGACCCCACCGGCAAGAGCUACUUUGUGGACCACAACACGCACACGACGUCGUGGACGCGGCCCCAG